AUGGCCAGCACCGCUGAAGAGAGCCUCAUGGCUUUACUUGAAGCCAUGCUGACCUUGGCAGCAAGCGAAGUCAUUCGGCCCAAGCCCCCAUCGGUCAAACCUGGUGGUUACCCGGAGGAGCAUUUCUUGGAUCUCACUGAAGAAGAGAAAGAUGAAUUCUGCUGCAAUAUAUGUUACCAGGUGCUGAAGGAGACCAGGCAGUGCAUGAACAAGCACAAGUUCUGCAGCUCCUGUCUGCUGGUGUGGUCUACAACUGGUCAGUAUAAUAACCGAGAUGGCUGUCCAGUGUGUCGUACCCGUGGGGACUAUUUACGCAACCUGGAAGUUGAUGACCGCAUUAGUGCUAAAAAGGUCAAGUGUUUGCUGGAGUCCUGCAAAUGGUCGGGACUUCUGAAGCAUCUCUGCUCACACCGCCACACAACAUACGGCGACAGCAGCUCAUCGGAGAGUGAAGACACUGGUGUGUCUGAGGUAAUGCCACGGCUGAUUCAGGUAACCCCUCAUGUUCCCCACAGGGGUCAGGGUCGCUUCAUCGGCACAGGUCUGACAAUCCAGAACCCAUCUCCGUCUGCUGGACCACCACCAGCAAGUUCUAGCAGAAUGUCACUUCUGAGCAGUCGCUCCGUGUCUAGAGCCAGCCCGAGUCCUUUCAGCAGCACAAGUGAGGAGACUGUGACAGAACUUCCUUGGAGGUCUGGACCCAGCACCAGGAGAUUUUCUACAUUCAGAACUCCGGGUAUACAAGCCCCUACCAACAAUCGAAUCUACUUCAGCCACACAAGACCCAGCACUGACAACAACAACAAUUUAGAUGAUGAGGCUUCUGUAGUGAGGUCAUCCACCUCCACAGUGGAUGAUUCCUUGGAGAUGGCUGCAAACUCCAUGUCCGGAGGCCUUACACCUCGUCCUCCUUCAACACCUAGGACAUCUUCAAAUGUUGUCAAUGCACGGCGCCUUCCAAGAAUCGUCAAUCCACCACCAGCUCGUGCACAAGGCCACAGGUACCAACCACCAAGUGUUUUGGCCUUACAUUUUGCAUCUGGUGGACGACCAAGAGCAGCAGAGAAUCUGGGAGAAAUUCGUGAUCGUCUUCAUGAAAGUCGCACUAGGCUCGACAAUCUGAUGACUUCCUUCUCGGGGGAAUUAGAUCGUAACCGCCAAGCAAUGGCAGAGUUUCAACUUGAGCGUGAACGUCACAGGCAGGAGCAGUUGGAAGAGGUCAGAGAACUGGGUCAAAGGCUAGGCCAGGUGGCAUCAGAGCUUAGGCGUCUCCUUGAACAGCGGCGUCACAUUCACAGUUUCAGUGAUGAUGACGAUGAUUUUGACUAG